GCCCACUACUUUCUCUCUCUUCCAUGGCUGAAUCCCCAGAUAGCACGGGGAAGACAGAACAACCCAAAAGCAUCUGCUUCCUGGGUUGUUUUGGAUCUUACGAGAAAGUUUCUGAGAAAAACCCGUUUCCUGAGACUGUCAAAUCCGGUAUCCCGGAAAACACCCGAUGGUUUUCUUGGUCUCGGUUCCGAAUGAAGAAAUCCACUGUCAAAACCGUUCCGGUCGAUGCCACCUUGUCGGGAAAGGACAACCGGGGAAGGGAAAUUAUGGUGUUGAGAUCAGUCAAGAAGGUCUCUUCCAAACGUCAUACCUCGGUCAACGGCAUAAUGCCUUGUGAGAUACCGGCAGUGUCGCCGGAUCUAAUUGUGCCCGAGAAACCCCAAAAGAUAAGGUACGGAAAUGUCCAAAACAUCAUCCUAGAUAGCCUCAAAAGUUUGGAUCAACCGGAAUUGGUGGAGGAGGACACAUGUCAAAGGGGAUCUAGCCAGAAAAUGAAAACUAAGAAAAAUUGUAUCAGAUAUUCAGAGUCAUCGGAAAACGAAUAUAAGGUAUGUCAAACUACCGUCAGUUUGUCUCACUCUGCCUCCUUUCCAUCUCGAAAGCAGAAGAAAGCACCGGCCCACACGGCCAAAAAUUCUAAGGCCAUUGAAUAUACGCCACAUAAGAAAACAGAAUCAUUCGGUGGCAAGUUUGAACCCAUUAUUGGGAUGUCAAUUAUAAUGGUGAUCCUACUAAUAAUGGCUUUUUGGGGUAAGUUAUGUGCCAUUCUUUGUACGUGUGCAUGGCUUUAUUUGGUCCCUACUUUUGGAGCAACAGCUGAACCAAAUGCUAUCGUCAAAAAAAGUUUCAAUUCUGGUAAUCUCUACUUAAAUUCCAACGAGUACAAGAAGAAAGUAAUUUUAGAGGGAUUUCUUGAGAGAAACCACCGGAAUGUUGUCGGAAAUUUGUUGGUAUGAAUGUAUGUAGUAAUCUAUACUAAAUAUUGCAGGGUUAUUGGUGUUAAAA